AUGUCCUUCUCCAGCCUUGUUCAGGACCUCACGUUGAGGGAUUCCGGCGUCCCGCGCCGUCCCCGCGGUGAUCAAUCAGUCUCCACCAUCGACGACGGCCGGUCACAAAUCUCACGCGCCAUGUCCUACGCCAGCACUGCUGCGACCAGCGUCAGCAUUUCCGGUGAUAUUUCGAGCCAGCUGCACGGCGGUUACUUCCAUCCCCUUGCCCGCUCGUGGCAAGCCGAGCGGCAACUCACCAAGUCCAUGCUUAUUUACCCCCUCUUUAUUUCGGAUCAAGACAACGAGGAGGCUCUAAUCCCCUCUCUGCCCGGCCAGUACCGCCGAGGCAUCAACAAAACAAUGGCUUAUUUGGAGACGCUUGUGCGCAAGGGCCUGCGCUCCGUGAUGCUCUUCGGCGUGCCCGUGCGCCCGGGAGUCAAGGACGCUCUUGGCACCGCCGCCGACGACCCCGAGGGGCCCGUUAUCAGGAGCAUUCGUGCUAUCCGCCAGCGCUUCCCUCAGCUCUUCAUUUGCGCCGAUGUUUGCUUGUGCGAGUACACCUCCCACGGCCACUGCGGUAUCCUCCGCGAUGACGGUAGCUUGAACAACCAGCUGUCCGUUGACCGCAUCUCUGACGUUGCCAUUGCCUACGCGUCGGCGGGCGCUCACUGCGUUGCACCCUCCGACAUGAACGACGGCCGCAUCCGUGCCAUCAAGCUGAAGUUGAUCGAGGAGGGCAUCGCCCACAAGACGGUGCUCAUGUCAUACUCGGCCAAGUUCUCGGGCUGCUUGUACGGUCCGUUCCGCGAUGCGGCAGGCUCUGCUCCAUCGUUCGGAGACCGCAAGUGCUACCAGCUGCCCCCGGGUGGUCGCGGCUUGGCACGCCGAGCCAUUGUCCGCGACAUUGGCGAGGGUGCGGACAUCAUCAUGGUUAAGCCUGCCAGCCAGUACCUCGAUAUCAUCAGUGAUGCAAAGGAGCUCGGCAAGGACAUGCCUGUGGCUGCCUAUCAAGUCAGCGGCGAGUUCGCCAUGAUCCACGCGGCUGCCAAGUCGGGUGUGUUCGACCUGAAGCAGAUGGCAUUCGAGUCAACCGAGGGCAUCCUCCGAGCUGGCGCGACGAUCGUCAUCAGCUACUUCACUCCCGAGUUUCUCGACUGGCUCUCCACCUAG